CUAGAAUUUUUCCACAAAGGCAAAACGUUCAGACCUAAAAAGAAAUUCGCUCACGGAACGAUACGCUACAGCCUCUACAAACAAGCUCAAGCCAGCUUGAACUCCGGAAUCAACCUCCGAGUAGCCGUGAAACUUCCGCACGGAGAGGACAUGAACGAUUGGAUCGCCGUUCACGUGGUAGACUUCUUCAAUCGUAUUAAUCUGAUAUACGGAACGAUUUGCGAAUUUUGCACUGUACAAACAUGUCCUACGAUGUCCGGCGGGCCGAGAUUCGAAUAUCUCUGGGCAGACGGGGAUAAAUUCAAGAAACCCACGCCGCUUCCCGCCAAAGAGUACAUCAGCCACCUCAUGGACUGGAUCGAAAUGCAAAUAAACAACCAGGAUUUGUUCCCCUGCACGAGCGAUCGGCCGUUCCCCAAGAACUUCUCGAAUUUGUGCAGCAAAAUAUUGGCCAGAUUGCACAGGGUGUUUGUGCACGUUUAUAUACACCAUUUUCAGAACGUUGUUACGAUCGCAGCGGAGGCUCACGUGAACACUUGCUACAAACACUUUUAUUAUUUCGUAACCGAAUUCGAGCUGGUGAACAGGAAGGAAUUGGAACCUCUGACGGAAAUGGCGAUGAGAAUUUGUAAAGAUCCUCCUAUAUAAAUCGGUAGGAAUAGGAUUAGUUAGGAUGUUAUUUAAUUUUUUUUUGCUUAUCGAAGGGCACGACAU